GUGACAGCUGAGCGGCUUAACGCCUCAGGGACGGAGCUGCGGUCAGAAACGAGCCAAGCAGCCGGGUUAUGAGACGAAAACUCGGGAUUUGGUCACGUUUUCUGGACUAUAACUGACUUUAAUCUCACUUUACAUUUGUUUUUCGGGACUAGAAGUUUCCAGAGAGUUACACUCCUUCAUCUCUGACCAGUCGAGGCCAGCAGCUGCCGACUGAGCCCAGGGAGAGAUCCUGAUCCUGGGCUGAGAGAGAGCCAGCUGAUGCCCCCUGAGCCCAGGAAGAGAGCCUGAUCCUGGGCUGAGAGAGAGCCAGCUGAUGCCCCUGAGCCCAGGAAGAGAGCCUGAUCCUGGACUGAGAGAGGACCAGCUGAUGCCCCCUGGUCCGGCCCCCGUCCCACACCCUGAGCUGGAACAUGCUGUAACCAGCUGAGUGCCAAUCAAAAUGAUGGCCUCUGUGGUUGUUGGGGGCCACCGGAAGAAGUCUCUCACGCUGAGAGGGGUGGACCCAGAGACCUGUAUGAUUGUCUUCAAGAACCACUGGACACAGGUGGUAAAGAUCCUGGAGAAACACGAGCCGGGUCGUAGCAGCACCAGUGCGUUGAGCUUCCUCUCCGGUCACGGUAGCGGCGGCUCUGGAGCGCUACGCCUCGGGCCCAUCCCGGCCGACGAGGCCAGCGCCGUCCAGAACUACGUGGAACACAUGCUCUUCCUACUGAUGGAGGAGGAGGUGGGGCAAGGAGGAGCGAUGGGCCCCAUCCUGGAGUUCGUGGUUCUGGAGGGCGUGAUGGAGAGGCUGUUUCUGUGGAGUCUGAGGAGACACUUCACUGAGGACAUGAAGCUGGAGCAGCUCAGGAUGUACCAGAUGCUUCUGUCUCAGGCCAGACAGCCUCUCCUGCACCACAAACCCGUUCUACGGCCGCUCAUGAUGCUGCUGGCCUCCUGCGCCGGAGCCGGGGGCGGGACUGACAGCGGUGGAGGUGUGGUGGAGGCGGAGCUGGUCCUCCUGUUGCACCAGCUGUGUGUCGCUCUGGUCAAAGAUCCCUCAGUGCUGGAACUGUUCUUCCACACAAGUGAGGACCAGGGAGCUGCCAACUUCCUGCUCUUCUCCCUGCUCAUACCAUACACACACAGACAGGGUUCGGUUGGUCAGCAGGCCAGAGAUGCUCUGCUGCUCAUCAUGUCUCUGUCGGCCUCCGACGCCCGAGUCGCCCAGCACAUCGCCCAGAACACGUACUUCUGUCCUGUGAGUACACACACUACACAACAUCAUCACAUCUUUCUGCUGUGUGUGUGUGUGUGUGUGUGUGUGUGUGUGUGUGUGUGUGUGUGUGUGUGUGUGUGUGUGUACUCAACUCGUACUCUUACCUGGUGUUUGUGUGUCUGUGUGUGUGUGUGUGUGUGUGUGUGUCUGUGUUUGUGUGAACAGGUCCCGGCGCUCGUCCACUUCCUGCACUCGCUGGACUUCUGCAGCGCCGUUACAAAGGUCGCUCAUCCCUCCAUCCGGUCUCAGUUGCUAGGUUACAUCUACAACGGCUUCCUGGUGCCCGUGCUGGCUCCUGCUCUGCACAAGCUGACGGUGGAGGAGGCGAUGACCACCACGGCGUACCUGGACCUGUUCCUGCGCUCCAUCUCUGAGCCCGCCCUCCUCCAGAGCUUCCUGUCCUUCGUCCUGCUGCACACGCACGACAACGUGCACAUCCUGGACACGCUGGUCAGCAGAGUCAACACACCUUUCCAGCUGGGGACGGUGUCGCUGGCCCUGUUCAGGACUCUGAUUGGUUUCUUCUGUGAAGACGUCAUGCUGCAGCUGGUGUUCAGGUAUCUGAUUCCCUGCAGCCACCUGAGCAGGAAGCAGCGCUCCUCCUUAAAGCAGACGGACUGUUACUCCUCCAGCGCCGCCUCCUUUCUGCUCCUCAUGCCCUCCUGGUGUCCUGGGAGCCUCCUGAACACAAACCUCCACUCAGAGCACAUCCACUGGCCCCAAGGAGCAGAUCUCUCCGUCUCAGAGAGUGUCGGGUACUGCCGUGGUUCAGACUUCUUGAUGGAUGUGAACUACCUCCACUACCUCUGGGACGCCCAGCAGGCCGUCUCCAUUUCCCACAGGGCGUGCCGGCUCUGGUCGUCUCCGUACGACGGGGUCGACCCUCCGCCUCAACAAAACCCAUCGGACGCACCCAGGGACAGCGUGGAAGACGAGGACGAGAUCGCACGGCGAGUCGAGAGUGACUCCAUCUGCUCCCUGGUCAUCACUCCCCCCCCCUCGGCGCUCUCCCCGACACCCCCGUCCUCCGAUACCGUCGCCACCGGCGAUCAGGCGGGGCGAGCCGGCUCCGCCCUGGAGCUGGAAUGGGACGACAUUUUUGCAGACGACGAUCCGUCUUCGUCAGCGUUUCUAAACACGGCAGCAGCAGCAAACGACAGAUGCGUCGCGACGCCUCUACCCCCCCGACACAUCCAGGAAAUGCAACGCACCGCGACCAAGCUGGUGCACGGCUCCUACGUGGAGGAAUCCGAGUUUCAGGACGACGUUCUGGUCUACGAUCUAGUCGCCCAGAGAGAGACGAAGGUGGCCAUUUUGGAGCGAGUCGUGGCUGCGAAUAGACGGGCACGUGGGAGCAUCUCAAACAGCCAACGGACGUCAACAGCAGCGACGACGACGACAACUUUAACGUCGAUGCUAACGACAACCGGGAGGACGGUGAUGGAAACGGUAAACGGUAUAAUGUCGACGAGGAGGAUGAGCGAGGAUGGAGGGAAAGAGGAAAGGAGGAGUGAGGAUUUAGUGAAGGAGGUGAGGAGUAGUGACGAUGUUGGGAGAAGGAAGGAGGGAGAUGAGAUGAAGAGGAUUGACGCACAAGGAGAUCAUCAGUUUUUCACCAAUGGUUUCAACGCUAAGAACCACAUCAUCGACGAACGUGAUGAUUCUGAUGAAGACGCCGAUGUGUUUAACCAAAACUGCAACCUCACAAAUACUGUAAAUCACACACUGCACGAACACAACACACACCCGACGCCAUGUUUUGGGACUUUACCCAACGGCCACUCUGAAUCGGAGCCAUUUUUGAGUCGCCCUUCGGUGGCUGACGCAAAGUCUCCAGAUCUGCCCGGUGACAAAGUCGCCGAUAACGAUGACUUCCUGUCCCGAUACCACGAGCUCAUGCUCUCUUUAGGGGUGGAGCCAGACUGUGAUGACACCACAAGUGACAUCAGGACAUUCAGGAGGCGGGUCCGAGCGCUGAGGCAAAGACUGGAAGAGGAGGAGGAGUUUGCUUUUAGCUCCUCGUGGGAAGACGGAGAGGAGGAAGAAGAAGAGGGGGCGAUGGACGAGGCAGAAGAGGAUGAGGAAGAGGAAGGAGAGGAGAGGUCGAGCAGCAGUAAGAAAGGCAGCAGGAGGCACGCAGUUCCUUUUACAGGUCUGUGUUUAGAUGGCAAAGGGAAUAACGUCCUGAAUAACCCUUCUAACGGUUCGACUUGUAAUACAUUUAUCUGUCGUACGCACAACACUUUGAUUGAAGCAUGCCAAAGCCUUUCCUGGCACACGUUCAAUCACAGUGUCACGUUGUGUUUUUCAGAGUGCCUCCAGUCUCAGGGCCGCGACCUCAUCCUGGACCCGUCUCUUUCUAACGGCUCGGUGAGGAACGCUCUGGCUUUGCCUCCUCUUGCCGUGCUGCCGCCGUGCCCUCACAUCCCCCCUCAGGCCAAGAGCCGAGUGUUCGCCAUCAUCCUGUUCGCCGAGUUCCUGAAGGAGCUGGCCGCCAUCGCCCAGGAGCACAGCGUCGCACUGGACUUCUCUUCAGAGGAUUAAUGGAAGUGGCUCAAACUGUCUGUCCAGCUGUAGAUAUCUGACUGACAAAUCACCAUUACUGUGCCCGUGAGCAAAUACUGAUGAAAACGCAUCGAAGGAGCCUCCAGCAGGAGAUGGACGGCUUGUAAUGAAAA